UAUGGAUCCCGCGCCAAGAAAGAGGAGGGUUUUGUAAUUCGCUGAUUAUGUAAUGAGUAAUCACUGAGAGAAGAGCCCAUGCAACUAAAUAAAUCGACAGGAAAUUUCAACAGGAAUUUUUUUUUCCCAAGACAUUCUCUUUGCCGAGUGAACUUGCUUUGGUGUGAAAGGUAAAAUCGCUGGCGUGUCCUCGUCUGAUAUUCUCUAUUUAGCGUUAUAUUCAGGCAAGGUGACGUCGCAUCGGGCUGAUUAGAAGUUGUUUAAAAAUAUUUAACAUAACCACAUCGCGUCUAAGACCCGAUGUGAGAGGAAGGGUCUAGCACGCAUCGCUGAGACUCAAAAACCCAAUUGGUUAAAACAGAUUCGUCUGUGGUCGAAGACGAAGUGCAUGAAGGAAAAAGGGAAAACGGCUUUAUUUGGAGACAAUGUGAUUUAUCUGGUAAUCCAGUCGUAGGAUAGGUGUAAAGAAUUUCUAUGUUUUUGUAGAUGCAGUAUGCGAUUGAAAAGACAUCAUAAGUGAUUUAAACUUAUUGGAUAAAUAUUAUACGUUUGAAAACUACUACCAUGUGGUUCGUUCUGUUGUUCUGUGCUUUUUUACGUUUCCCGGAGUGUUAUUCAUACAGUUCCAAUGAAGGAUACCUUCAGGAUAUAGAUCCGGACUGGGCUAUGAUAAGUGGACGGAUUAACCAGCCAAAAUGUAUCGACAUUCCGUCCAAUUUAACCUUAUGCCAAAAUCUCGGAUACCAUCAAAUGAGACUACCGAAUCUAUUGGAUCAUGACACCAUCAAUGAAGCUAUCCAGCAAUCCAAAUCAUGGAUAUCUCUUUUGGGAGUGGAAUGCCAUCCCGACACCAAAUUGUUCUUGUGUUCUUUGUUUUCACCAGUUUGUCUGGACAGAAAAAUCUACCCGUGUCGGAGUUUGUGUAAUGCAGUUAAAGCUGGCUGUGAACAAACGAUGCUAUUUUACAAUUAUAGCUGGCCAGAUAUGGUCCGAUGUGACAAAUUUCCGGAAGACUCGGAUCUCUGUAUACAACCAUUACAUAACGUGACAACAACUCACAAUCUCUGCAGUGCUUGUCGACAACCUGCAACAGUAGAAGGACUUGUUGACGGAUUCUGUCGCUCAACAUAUGUGGUCAGAGCUAAGGUAAAACAAAUCAAACAUCAAAAUGAAAAGAAAAUAUUGGUGUUGGAAAGGAAAAAGAAAUUCUUCAAAAAGAAUGGACUUUCCAAGAAAGAUAAAAAAUCGCUUAGUCCAUAUAUUCAAGGCGGAAUUCAUUGUGACUGUGAUCGCAUUAAUGUCACACUUAACGAAAAGUACAUCAUUAUGGGAAAUAAUACAUCACCGGGAGAAUAUACCGCCAUGUAUAUAGCAAAAUGGCGGAAAGAAAAGGAUUUUCGCAAAGCGUUGAAGCUAAUGCGUAAAAAGGACAUUUGUUCAAAACCACUGGACAUAGGAGAAACCGAACAUCAUGGAAAAGGAAGCAAGGGGAAAGGUGGCAAGAAGGGAAAAGGAAAGAAAGGGAAGAAGGGGAAGAAGGGGAAGAAGGGGAAGGGGAAAAAGGGCAAGAAAGGAAAAGGAAAGAAAGGAAAAGGGAAAAAGGGCAAGAAGGGAAAGGGAAAAAAGGGAAAAGGAAAAAAGAAAGGCCGAAAAAGAAAAGGUAAAAAUGGGGGAAAAGGAAAACAAGCGGCAACGCCCCCUUCAUAGACUUUGGAGAAGGACAUAAAUCCAAUUUGACCCAGAAAUGUCUGUGAUAAUGGUAAUUGAAAUUUGACACAAAGUUAAAGAUGUGCAAUCCGGAAUCGUGAUUCUAAGGAAUCUUAGAUGGAUACAAGUGUGAUUAACUGGUUUUGAAUGGAUAUGAAAGUGCAAAAGCCAUGUGAUAGAGUUGUAUAAAUUUGUUUUGUUGUAUAGUAUCUAGACAUUGUGUUUGAUAUUUUUUGCAAAGGAUGUGCAAAAAUGCUUCCAUUUUCAAUACGUUACACUGGCUUUAAAGUAUGUGUAGAACAAAAAUGAACUGAUGCUUUCACUUAAUUACUAGUGAACUGUUACUGCACCUCUGACUGCAUGUAAUUUUGAAUUUAUGUUCUUUCAGACCAGAUUCUAUCGAUAAACGUAACUCUGAACAAGACUGCUGCAGAGAAUUAGUGCUAUUUAGACGUCUCUCGGAGUUCAUCUAAAUAAUGUUAAAACAGUGUUCCUUGUGGAUAAUAACACUGAAAUUAAUAUCCUUUUCUAGGAAAUUAAUUUCAUUUCUUCCUGAUACUAGUAUUACACUCAAACGAAACAAUUAUUUAGGUUUAAAUUCAAACAAAUCCCCCUUUUAUUACCUAAAUGUUUCAGUAGAAUUGUACACUGUUUCCAGCAAUAAGAUAAAGGAAUAUACAUAUACUUGAUUAUUUUGUUCAAGAAAUGUUUUACAAAUUGGCAUAAUAUGUUUAUGUAAAAUACAUUUUGUACAUUACAUAAAGAUCCAUUUCACAAUUUAUAAAAUAAAAUGAAUUCAACCAUUGUUA